GAAGAGCAGUAAGAUGAAAGUACCGUUUUGACAAGAGCCUUUUAGGAAGCCUCAGGACAAGAGUAGUGAGGAUGGCUUUACCAAAGGCCCUGCGGUUCGGUGUUUUGCUGUUGGUAAUAUGCUUCACUCUUGACCAACCAGGAUUCAGACAGUCUGUGUCCGUCUUCUUUCAGGAUCUGAGGGAUGCCACAUCAUCCAUCCUUCAUACCAGAGAGAAAAGAGAAGUUUUUCUUACAGCCUCUUCUGCUCUCUCAAAUUUCACUGAACACGACCUCCAACUUGUCAUAACCUUCUCUGACCUCGAGAGUCUCCAAAGGAUUCUCAGCAACAUCAGCUUCCCCGUUGUGAUCAACAACACUGUGGAAAUCAACAGCAUUGAGACCACAACAGUGUGUUCACCAAACAUAACUGGGUACCAGUGUGUUUGUGAGGAGAACUUUGCCUGGUCUUACAACAACUGCAUUAGGUACGGGGUCUGUGACGCCAUCAUUGGUGGCACAUGUGGCUGCAUCAAUGACCUGCCAGCUGAUGAUCAGUUCUGCCAGUCAAACAGCAGCCAAACAGUGACAACGACUGCAACACCAUCUUCUACACAAGCAAAUGAUCUAGUGGACAUCGAUGUGGUCAUCGUCGUGUUCAUCCCAACCUCUAGUAUUUCAUCAUAUAUCUUUAGCUACGUCAGAUAUACUCUGCAAAGUCUUACCUUCCCAAUAGCCAUCUCUCAGUCUCUGGGGGUGAAAGAGAUCUACUUCACUACAGCCUGUGAUCCAAACUCUGCUAAUGGGCUCCAGUGUCGGUGUGAGAGCGGCUUUGCUUGGCCAUGUGAUACGUGUAACAACAACACCAACUCAUGCAACAAUCAGACCUGUACAUGUUUAUAUGGACUUCCUCCCAAUGACGAGUUCUGUCAGCCUGUCUCAAAUGCCACUACAUGCCCACCUCCUCCACCCUCCACAGCUGCCACUACACCCAUCACGGCUGCCCCGACAACCCCCCCGUUACAGGACACUGAGGUGACCCUUGUCUUCCGGAUCCCAGCCUCCAUUGUGCAAAACUAUUCACUUUCACUACUCAAAAGCAUAUUGGACAACUUUACCAGCUAUGAACUUUCAGCGUUUUUGAAAGUAAAAAAAAUAGACUUGACGACAGUCUGCUCUCCGAACACACCGGUGCAACUGCGCUGUCAAUGUGAGGACAGUUUUGCAUGGCCUUGUGAUCUGUGCAACACCAGCAAUUCAUGCAAUGACGUCACCAGUCAGCAGUGUACAUGCAGAGAUAAACUCUCUUCUAUCAACCAGUAUUGUCAACCACUCGGUAGCACAUCAUGUUCCGGUAGGAAAAAACAUUUUCAGUUUUGCUCUUGUGUUUCAGUUUUAGAUCUAAUACAUCUGAGAACCUUCAUCGGGUCUUUUUAUUUGUUUCUUGUGAUUUCAGCCACAACACCACCGCCAACCCCAGCAACGCCGGAACCUACACCAUCGCCAACCCCAGCAACGCCGGAACCUACACCAUCGCCUAAAAAUAUACCAGGCAUCAUUACCAUGGACAUGGCGUUCGAAGAGUCAUUCAAUGACAAGAACAAUCAAGUUUACAAAACCAUUGAGGACGCUAUUUUAAAAAAGUGUGAAAGUGUUUUACAAACAAAUUGUUCAGUCAAAACUCUGACUUUCACGGCUGGGAGUACAAUUGCUAAUUAUGAGCUUAAUGUUUUUUCAUCUGAAACGCCAACAAAUAUCAAAGUUCAGAUAACAAAAAAUGAAAUAUUAUCUGAAGUGGCAUCAAUAUACCCCGUCAGCAUUGUCACUUCAAAGCUAUUGUCGGUUGAUAGAGAUCCACUCUACGUCAAGGACAGUAUAAAAGUGACAUGUGACCCAUCUGACCUCACCUCAACUGGCCUCAAAAUUGUAAACCCUUCCACAUCAUGGACACAUAAUGGAGUACUUCUCAAACAAACUUCUGAUUCAAUUCAAAUCUCUACAUUUUCAAAAUAUGAUGAUGAUGGGAAUUAUGAAUGUACGAUGACCUGGGGAGCCGGUUCAACUUUCAGACAGUCGAGGCAGCUGACUUCCAGACCUCUCCCUCUGAUCACUGUGAGUCCCAUCAAAGACACAGUGACGUGUUCCGGGUCAAAGGAACUGACCUGCUCAGCAGCUGAAUUGAAAGCUACAUUGAUCGAUCCAAAUAAUAAUGAUUUAGGUGUAACAUCCUACAACUUUAAACCCUUUUCAUCAUGUGCUGAUGGUGACGUGUUGAAGUACAAAUGUAAAUUGACAGGAAGGGACAGUGCAAAAGAAAUCACUCUGGUACUAACCACAAGACUGGAGUUUGACUGCACAAGUGACGUAUAUGGAAAUGCAAUGGUUGGAGGUAUCGGUGUUGGAAAAUGUGACACUAACUAUGACGGAGAAAAGACAGCAGUUUGUCAGCCAGAUGGUAACUAUGGAGAUAAACAAGACUACUGCGUCCUACAAGUCAUUGUGGAGCUGCUCGAUCGAUCAAAGAACUUGAAUACUUUGACUAUUCCAGUAUUCUUGGAGGAUCUCAAAAAUGCGACUGUACAGAAUAAUAAUCAGAUCGUUGAGUCUCCGGCGACCCUCAUUGCCAUGAUUAAGAUCUUUGAAAAUGUCGCCAACACAUCCACAACUUUAAAAAUCAGUCUAACGAGAAAUUCCACAAGGAACUUCCUAGAAAGUGCUGGCCUUCUCACGAUUCCCGAAGCCACGGGGUCUUGGGCUUUUCUAAAUUACAACGACACCAGAAAUACAACAGAAGAUGAACUAUUGAAAAAGAGUUCCAGCUCCGCAUUCUUGAAUGUUUUUGAAAACUUAACAAGAUUUAUUGGCAAUAAUCCACUGGACAUCAACACAGAUUUCAUUAUCCUGAACAAAACCAGGCACACAGACUCUUUCAACAGUAUCUAUAACUCCUCGGUGGAAAUAGAAAUACCACAGGCUGUUGGAGAAGAAAAAUUCAUCACCAUAAUCAUUUUUGCUUCAAUGUACAAUGUGCUUCCUGGGAGAGAUGAAUUCAACACCUCCUCCAGGCGCGUCCAUGGAAGGGUUGCCCUCGUUAGUCCUGAAGUUGAAAUCUCAAAUAUUUCAUUGACAUUUGAUGUCAUAAAUUACACAAAUGACACCAUAGCAAAUCCUAAAUGUGUCUUUUGGGAUUUUAAUCUCUUUGACGGUCUUGGAGGAUGGAGCGAAAACGGCUGCUCGUUAGUUUACUUUGCAAAUGAGACGGUCAGCUGCAGCUGCAACCACACCACCUCCUUCUCCAUCCUUAUGUCACCCAAGAGCCCCGAAAGCAUUAUUCUCGACUACAUCACCUACAUUGGAGUUGGAAUUUCUAUGGCCUGCCUGGUUAUUUGUCUCAUCAUUGAAGCAAUCAUAUGGAGGAAAAUCAACAAGAACGCAACGUCACACUUGCGUCACGUCUCCAUCGUCAACAUCGCCGUGUCUCUCCUGAUUGCAGACAUUUGGUUCAUUAUUGGAGCGGCCAUUUCAGACGCUGACCAGAAGAACCCUCCGGCCUGCACAGCCGCGACCUUCUUCAUCCACUUUUUCUACCUGGCUCUGUUCUUCUGGAUGUUAGCCUCGGCUCUGCUGCUGCUCUACCGGACUCUCAGUGUCUUUGAUGGAGGUCUGUCUAAGCUAACCAUGCUGAUCAUUGGAUUCUCUUUGGGAUAUGGAGCGCCACUGAUCAUUGCAACUAUAACUAUAGCUUCGACUGCUCCCUCAAAUGAGUACAUCAGAGAAAAUGUCGUCUGUUGGCUCAACUGGGACCAGUCCAAAGCUCUGCUGGCCUUCGUGAUCCCUGCUCUUAUGAUAGUGGGGAUAAACUUUAUCAUCUUGAUUGUGGUGUUGUACAAAAUAUUGAGAAGAAGAGUUGGAGGAAAUGCAGCCCAAACAGGAGAGAAGCACGUUCUCUAUGUGAUUGCCAGGAGUUUGGCUGUGCUCACGCCGUUUUUCGGUCUGACUUGGGGUUUGGGAAUCGGAGUCUUGGUUGACCCCGGAAACUUUGGAAUCAAUGUUGCCUUUGCUUUCUUCAAUUCAUUGCAGGGUUUCUUUAUUCUGGUGUUUGGAACGCUGUUGGACAAAAAGGUGUGGUCGGCAAUGAGCAUACGAUCACUGACGUCACAGGGUAGAACACAGAGCACCAGUGCUGGAACGUCAUCUAGUGGACUGAGCAACUUCUUACAGAAAAUAAGAAUAAACAGAGGCUCCAGAAGGGGGUACCAUGCGUCUUCUUCUGGACAAAGUGGAUCCAGUGACGCAUUCGACACUUAACAUGUGCAGGAAACCAUGCCCAUAUAAGGAAAACAACAAACCAAUCAGUUUUUUUCUCUUAUUACUACAGCCUCUUUAAGUUGACAUUAUGACCUGAAAGAGUCCCACUGGAUUCUUUUUUGAAAAAUGAAGAAAGCAUUAAUUCAUCCAUCUUUUAAAAGCAGCAUUUUAGAAAGCUUUUCAAAGGUGUGUAAUGCAGAAAAGCUAAAUAUUUUAAUAUUACACAGCCUUUGUUUUUGGGAAAUACACAAUAAUGUAAUACUACAUAAUAUAUAUUAUUUUUUUUAUUAUUAUUUUUAAUAAUAUAUAUCAUUUUCCUUAGAUGGAAUGGCAUUUGAAGUAAGUUUAAAGAAAAAGUAUUUUGUUUGUCUUUAGUUUACAUGUCAUGUUUUAUGUCCACAAAAACUUUAGAAAAUAUCUUUUUUUAUUAAACUGUGUAACUUGCAUCAAAAAAAGGUCAAAUCCCCCAAAUGGAGUUGAGUUAUUGAUCUAUGGUAAUCAUUGUAUUGAACAGCUACUUCACUUUGUUUGCAUAACGUCUCUGUAAUCAGUGUGUUAUGUAAUGACAGCCGUUUAUAGAAGCAUUUUCUACUGUUUUGGUUUGUUUUUUUGUUGGAAAAGCAGAAUAGUCUUAUUAUAGUUAUGGUUAGUACUAUUUACAUGUACCGUAUUUUCCGCACUAUAAGGCGCACCUAAAAACCUUCAAUUUCCUCAAAAGCCGACAAUAUUGAGCCAC